AUGAAGCACAACAGCUGGGAUACUGCCAGGUUGCCCAAGCCUAGACAGAAGCUGAGAGGAAGAGGUCGGAUUCGAACCACGGACCUUGCGAUCAAGGUGCCAAUAAAUCGACCACAUAUGUACACACAGCCGAAACCAAUGGUAAGUUUUGACAAAAUAUCGUUGAUGAGAUAUUACACUGUGAAGAUGAAAAGUGCGGAGGCGAGAUGGACCAAGUGGUUAGAAUGCGAAUUUACUGACCACAGGGUCCGUAGUUCGAACCCGACCUCUGCCUCUCGACUUCCCCUGUCUAGGCUUGGGCAACCUGGCAGUAUCCCAGCCCUCGUGCAACCUUCGGGUGGCAUGGUAGCUAGGCACCGAAAGGGCGCUACAGCUGAACGAUUUAUUUAUUUAUUUUACACCAAAGGUCUCCACUUACUUAGCACGAAUUUAAUGGAAGGAAGGUCCGUGUUUCAAAUCCCACCUCUGCCUCUAGACUUCCGCUGUCUAGGCUUGGGCAACCUGGCAUUACCCCAGCCCUCGUGCUUCCCUCGCGUGGCAUGGCAGCUAGGCACCAAAAGAGUAUUACAGCUGAACGAUUUUUUGGAAUACUGUGGAUGCAAUCGAUCAGCUGACUUCACCACAAUGGCUCAUCAGAGGGAGCGGUGGGGUACCGGUAAACGCAGGCUAACAAAAUUACUUGGGUCUUGGGGCUCAGACUCAGAUUCCGCGGCCCAGUUCGGGUUAAUAUAG